AACACAGGCAAUUUUCACACUAAUAUUCCUCCCAUAUAUCCAGUAUUCAUUGAACUCAAAACCAUGUCGGAAGCCGAUAAUGAGGACGUUGGGCCCAGUCCUCCCAAGAGGCCUCGGCUGGCAACAGAUGAGCCAGAUCUUGGCGAGCGACUCAAUCUAUUGAUGCUAUGCACCGUCUGCCACGAUGUGCCCCACCCGGACAAGAGCUACCAGUGCAGCGUGGGCCACAUCCUGUGCAACGAUUGUGUUAGCCACAUUCUGGCGGAUGCCAUCAUAAUCUACGCGGAGGCCCAGUGUCCAAUCUGCCGUGUCCGGUUGUCCUGGAGUGAGCUGAGUCAGAACGCCGUCAUCCGUCAGGCUAUGUGGGAAUUAUCAAAAAACUGUCCCCAAUGUAGCCAGAUGGUGCCGCUCAAGGAACUGGAUCGUCACAUUGAAAACAAAUGCCAGCAACGAAAGGUGAGCUGUAAGUAUCGUUGCCUGGGCUGCGACUGGAUGGGCGUCUACGAGAUGAGUCCUACCCACGAGGCCGAAUGCCUAUUUCCAAAAAUGAAAGGCGAGGAAAUACUGAAAGCUCUCCAGAAGGAAGAUUUUAUUCAAUGGAAGCGCCAACAACAAGCGAUCUUAUUUCACCAGGAACUUAGCCAAAGACGCAUCUUUUACAGAAAUUUGGAGCUCUAUUGGAAAAACGAUUGGGGUGUGAUGUACCAGGAACGAUUUCUGGAUUCUCAAAGCUUCGAAGCCUAUGGAAAUCAAUGGGUCCUACGAGUGAAAAUAUUUCUUUCGUUGGACAACAUUCCAGUGAGAGUAAAAACCACCCUGUUUGCGCAAGUACCUCCACCAGAAGACAUCACUGUACGAUAUCUUGUGUUGAUGCCCAACCGACACGGAAAUGACACGCAAAGGCAGGACAUUAAAGCAAAUCUGAUUGAAUGUCAGGUCAAUACUGCACGUACUAUCGAGGUAUACGAGAAUCUACCAAUGGAGAGCCCAAUGGCCCUUUACCGUCUUCUAGCAAUGCAAAGGAUUGUCGUUCGCCUAUGGAUGUUUAUGCCCUAGUUUAA